AGCUCGGAUAAUCCAGGAAUGGUGCUAGUAAGCUUUUCGCUCACCGGAUCUAAUUACCUUCAUUGGAGCCGCGCGAUAAGGUUAGCGCUCGGAGCUAAGUCGAAACUAGGUUUUACAGUUGCUGUUCCUGAUUCAGAUUCAGAAGAUUAUCAACAAUAUCAAAAAGUUGAAUUCAUGGUGAUUUCAUGGCUUUUAAAUUCAAUCUUGAAGGAAAUCGUUCAAGCCUUUAUGUAUGUUAAGUCUGCGAAGCAGCUAUGGGAUGAGCUUGCUGAGAGAUAUGGAGAAUGCAAUGGUCCUCUCAGAUAUCAGCUUAGAAAAGAGAUUUCGAACUUUGCACAAGGUAAUCUCUCAGUCACAAGCUACUAUACCAAACUGAAGUGCCUUUGGGACGAGUAUGCGUGCAUAGUAGCUUUACCUGAAUGCAAUUGUGGUACUGAAAAGGCUUACAGUGAUCAUGAUUCAGAAACUAAACUCAUGCAAUUCCUCAUGGGAUUGAAUGAU